GGGAGCCGUGGUGCGGGCGGCGGGGCCGCGGGCGGAGCGGAGCGGAGCAGAGCAACAGAACAGAAUAGAAUAGGAGACGCACGGCUGCCCCGGACGCACAGUCGGGAGCGGAGCCCAGCCGAGCCGCGGGAGGAUCGCACUGUAAUUGGAUUUUAAAAGUUACUUAAGCCCCGGAGUAAAAUACACGGCUCAGCCGGGCGCGGUAAUAAUCCGUUUAGCCGUAACCUAAAUCCGCGGCGCCGGGUCCGCGCAGCCGGGCGGGGAGCAGCGCCUCCGCCUCGCUGCCGCCGCGGGACCCUGCGCGGAGCCGUCGCCGGGUUUCGCGCGUGUCUCCUGCCUCGCCGCCGCCUUCUCCGGCGGGAGCAGCUCCGGAAACUUUCGCCGAGGGAAGCACCCACCCGCCGGAACCGAGGAAGAAAGUCGCGGAGGUCAGCCGCGGAGCCGCUGCCGCACCCCUGCCCCGCGGAAGGGGCCCCGCCGCCGCCCUCCGGGCGCUGAUGCCCCUGGGUCUCCGCGCCGCCCGGCUCUAAAGGGCUUCCCCGGGCCCCCGGCCGCACCGGCGAUGCGGGCUGGAGGAGGAGGAGGCGGCGGCGACGGCGCGGCCGCCGCCGGCUGCCCCUUGCUGGGCCUGGCCGCCCUGCUGGCCGCCCUGCUGGGGACCCCCGCGGGCGCGGCGGCGCAGCAGUACCACGGCGAGAAGGGCAUCUCCGUGCCGGACCACGGCUUCUGCCAGCCCAUCUCCAUCCCGCUCUGCACGGAUAUCGCCUACAACCAGACCAUCCUGCCCAACCUGCUGGGCCACACCAACCAGGAGGACGCGGGGCUGGAGGUGCACCAGUUCUACCCGCUGGUCAAGGUGCAGUGCUCAGCCGAGCUCAAGUUCUUCCUCUGCUCCAUGUACGCGCCGGUGUGCACCGUGCUGGAGCAGGCCAUCCCGCCCUGCCGCUCCCUCUGCGAGCGGGCCCGCCAGGGCUGCGAGGCCCUCAUGAACAAGUUUGGCUUCCAGUGGCCAGAGCGGCUCCGCUGCGAGAACUUCCCCGUCCACGGUGCGGGCGAGAUCUGCGUGGGGCAGAACACCUCGGACGCCCCACCGGGGCCCGGCGGGGCGGCAGGCCGGGGAGCCACUGUUCACCCAACCGCUGGCUACCUCCCUGACUUCCUCACCCCACCGCAGCCCCCCUCCGGCUUUUCCUUCUCUUGCCCCCGGCAGCUCAAAGUGCCUCCUUACUUGGGCUACCGGUUCCUGGGGGAGCGGGACUGUGGGGCCCCCUGUGAGCCAGCCCGGCCCAACGGGCUCAUGUACUUCAAGGAGGCAGAGGUGCGAUUUGCCCGGCUGUGGGUGGGCGUGUGGUCUGUGCUCUGCUGCGCUUCUACCCUCUUCACCGUGCUCACCUACCUGGUGGACAUGCGCCGUUUCAGCUACCCGGAGCGGCCCAUCAUCUUCCUCUCGGGCUGCUACUUCAUGGUGGCGGUGGCCUACGCGGCCGGUUUCUUGCUGGAGGAGAGGGUGGUGUGUUUGGAGCGCUUCUCUGAGGACGGCUACCGCACUGUGGCCCAAGGCACCAAGAAAGAAGGUUGCACCAUCCUCUUCAUGAUCCUCUACUUCUUCGGCAUGGCCAGCUCCAUCUGGUGGGUCAUCCUGUCCCUCACCUGGUUCCUGGCUGCUGGCAUGAAGUGGGGCCAUGAGGCCAUUGAGGCCAACUCCCAGUACUUCCACCUGGCUGCCUGGGCUGUGCCCGCUGUCAAAACCAUCACCAUCCUGGCCAUGGGGCAGGUGGAUGGGGACGUACUCAGUGGGGUGUGUUACGUAGGUAUCUAUAGCGUGGACUCGCUGCGGGGCUUUGUGCUGGCGCCCUUGUUUGUGUAUCUCUUCAUUGGCACUUCCUUCUUGCUUGCUGGCUUCGUGUCUUUGUUUCGCAUCCGCACCAUCAUGAAGCAUGACGGCACCAAGACAGAGAAACUGGAGAAGCUGAUGGUGCGCAUCGGUGUCUUCAGUGUCCUCUACACAGUGCCUGCCACCAUUGUCCUGGCGUGUUACUUCUAUGAGCAGGCCUUCCGUGGCACCUGGGAGAAGACAUGGCUCCUCCAGACCUGCAAAACCUAUGCCGUGCCCUGUCCCAGCCACUUUGCCCCUAUGAGCCCGGACUUCACUGUCUUCAUGAUCAAGUACCUCAUGACCAUGAUUGUGGGGAUCACGACUGGCUUCUGGAUCUGGUCUGGCAAAACCCUCCAGUCCUGGCGACGCUUCUACCACAGACUCAGCACCGGCAGCAAAGGCGAGACGGCAGUAUGAGCUCCCCCACCCCCGUCCCCUCUGGUGCACACACACACACACACACACGCACGCACACAUGCAGUGGAGGGGGAUACUGGGCAGAAGAGGAUGGCAAUGGCUCCCUGAAGAGGGAGGAAGGGAGGCUUUUCCAAACUUUUUCUUUCUCCCAGGGGGUUUGAAAAGAAAAAUAUUCUUGGCGUAAAGGAUCAGACGGACUGUGUCCAGUAGUGCUUAUGCCCAGCUAAGUGGAAGAGCACAGAAAAAGAGGCCACUGGUGGGGUGGGAGAGUCCUUCAACCGCAAGAAGUCCCCUUAUUCCUCUCUCUCCUCCUACCCCUGUGCAGGAAAAAAAAACAAAAAAAAAAAACAAAAAAAACAAAACCAAACCAAACCAAUCCAACUAAAACCAUCCUGCCUUGCUUUGGACGAGAGGGAGGGGAAGCCAGAUCUGUUGAGCUGCCCCUGCCGAGAAGUAGCCAAACCCUCUCUGAAUUGCUGGGGUCAAACUGCGGCGCGGGCAGGGUAAGUCCGAGCCCCAGCUUACCGCCUGCUCCUUCCAGCUCAGCGGAGCAAUCACGUGAGUACCACACAGCCAGCUCCAGCUCCAGCCCCGACCCUGUGCUGGUGAGAUGCCUCUGUUCUGUCAACUCACAAGUUCCCUUUUACCUCUGUGAUACCUGUUGUAAUUGUUUUAAAGUGAAAAUUCGGCCCUCGGUCUGUUGUAGUUGCUGCUGUGGGGAAGGAGGGGGUUGCUGUUCCACACCCUGAAAAGAAAUGACUUGUUGCUUUUCAGCAGAAGGCUUUUCCCCCUUGCCUUUGUUCUAGGAGACAAAGGGGGAAACAAAAGUGUUUUCUGUGUAGAAAGGCAUAAGCAUGGGAUCGGUUUUUAUGGGCAAACUAACAAAAAGAAGUCGUUGAGGUUCACCCUUGGAUGUGAGGAGCUUGCAGAAAUAAACAUUCCUUUUAUGAAAAAAGGAGGAGGCAGGAUGUUUUCCUACCAUUCAAUAUGGGUCGCUUUUCUAAGCUGAAGGAAAUGCAAGACUUAGAGGGCAAGAAGAGCAUAACCAAGAGCACCUGCCAAAACAAAAGCCAUUAAAAUAUAUAACGUAAAGAUACCAUUUUUUUUCUUCCCUUCCCAUAAACCUGCUUUCUCUCCUGCUUUGCUGUGAGCUUGCUGCAGGUAAAGUCAAUACACAGCUGGCUUCUGGGGACAGGAGGAGUCAUUUUGGCUCACGAUGGACCCUUUGCCUGCUCCUCAGGUUCCCUGAACUGCAUGGCAAUGACUCUGGUGCAGGAGGGGGCUGGGGCUGGGGUUUAAAAGCAAGCAGUUACUGCAAGUGAGGAGCCUUCUCAUUUCAGCUAAAAUACAGCUGGUUAAGUUUCUGGUGAUCACGUCUUGGAAGGAAAAGAAAUAUAAUCAAAAAUUAAUCAUCAAAUCCAUUGUUUUCUGUUUGAAAUGUGACAGAUUUUUCUAUUCUGAAUUUUUUAUGUUGACUUGUUCAUAUUUUAUUUUUUUGCAUACUACUUUACCUUUAUAUUCACUGAAGGGUUGUUUUUAUAAGUAUAUGUGUGUGUGUAUAUUCUUGCCUAAGGAUAAAAUAGGAAAUUCUGGAUUUUUAGCAAGUGUCCACCCUAUAGCUGCUCUUCAUUUUUUGGGGGGGAAAAGUGUCUGGAAUGAAA